GCUAGAAACUUUACCAACGUUGAAUACUUUACAUUAGGUUGACAAGUUUGUGAACAACCUGAAGGAAUGUAAAGCCCAGAAUCAUAGAUUACCUUAACUGGAAAUCCACCUUCCUGUGAUAUUGCCAAAAGUCUUGAUUUUGCCAAAUUCAACAUCAAAGAAAACAAGACUUAAUACAAUGUUUUAAGAAGUAUACAUGGAUUGGACAGCAACAUUAUCUGUGAUAGCAAUAAUUACAUCUUUCAGUAGUCAGUUCAUUGGCAUAGAGAUUUGUUUCCAUAUAGUCCGAAAUGGGAGUACAGGUGAAAUGUCACCAGUUCCAUUUGUGGCUUAUUUUAUAAGUGCUUGUUUGUGGUUAAAGUAUGGCCUGAUGUCAAAUAUUACAAGUGUCACCCUUACCAGUGGGUUAGGGUCAUUGCUACAGUUCUUGUAUAUUUGUGUCUACUACAUAUAUUCAAAGAAAAAGCAUCAGGUCCAUUGUAUUCUUCUGCUUGGCACGGUAAUUUUGUUUACACCACUCAUUUAUAUCCAGUACUUUGAGAGAGAUGGAGAUGUUGCUCUUAGAAACCUGGGAUUGAUCUGUUCAGGAAUUAGCAUUUUAUGUUAUGCUUCACCACUGGCUACUCUGUCCAAGGUCAUAGAACAUAAAUCUACAGAAUCCAUGUCCUUUUACUUGUGUUUUAUAAAUUUUUUAUGUGGACUUCAGUGGACAUUAUAUGGUGUAGCAAUCAAUGACAAUGUUGUGAUAAUUCCCAAUGCUUUUGGAAUAAUCCUGGGCCUGAUACAGUUUUAUUUGUUCUGCAUUUAUGGAUGUAAAAAUUCAAAAACCGCAUCAGUUUUGACAGCCUAACUAUACCUCAACACAAAAUCUUUCAAGUUGGAACUUAACUACAUGCAUUGUACUGCUGUUAUUUUGUUAUAUCUGGAAGUUGGAAUUUAUUUCAUUAUUUAUUAGAUCUGUUCCCCCGUUGAUAUUAUACCUUGUUUUAAAGGUAUAUAGUAUACAAAUUAAUCAUUUACCUUUCUAGUAGAUAUAUAUUUUGUUUCGACUUUUUUGUUUUGAACCCUUUUUGGUUUGAGUCUCUUUUCUUUUCAAUUUCUUCUUUCUUUUUCUGUUUCUCACCAUCUUUUAAUGUACUUUUAUCAAUUUGUUUUUCUUUUUGUUCUUUUCCCUUGUGAGUCUGUUGGCCAAUAGAGAUGUGUGAUCAUGUGUCCAUCAACCAGCAAACUUUUUUGUUAGCGUAAAUCAGUAGUGGUUGCAUGCAUUGGCCAGAAGCACUUGCUCACGCCAGAACUAUCAAUUGGACAUAACUAAGGACUUUUUUUUAGAGACAUUGGUUUACUUUCAAAGAACCCAUAAGGCUAUCUGUUCCAUGAUGUUUUCAUUUCACUUGUAGGUGUGGGUUUUUUAAAGAUUUUUUUUUAGCACCUUCCUUUGCUUAUAAUGGGUUUUUCAAACUCAUGGUGCGCCAAUUCCAGAAGCUAUUGUGUGAGUUAUUUAGUUCUUUUCAGUUUAUAUUUCCUAUAAUGGGUCUUUUACCCUUUAAUUAAGCUGGCUGAGAAGGGCAGUCUAUGGAAACCCAUAUUCCUUUCCCUUUUUUUUUUCUUAAAAUUAAUUUUUAUUUUAGUUUUCCAUAGCAUUCUGAAUUCCUUUUUGUCAUUUGUGAUAAUUUAUUUUCAAAAGCUGAAAAUGCAUUUUAAAAAUGGGUUAUAGAUUAAACCUACUCUUCUAUUUAGAAUGUGUAGAAACCAUUAAGGAAGACCCAUAAUUUGAUUAGUAUCUGUAUUCCUUGUGAAGGUAAGCAGACAUGUUUUGAAGGGUGAUUCAGAACACCCCAUUACAACCAAUUAAGAUAACAAUCUAGACUAUAAACUUCAUGCUCUAGGCAUAAAAAAUACUUAGUAAUGUAUGUAAGAUUAUUGGAAAAAACCUUGCAUAAUUAUAAUAAAAACCUAGAUAUGUGAAGUUAAUUAUUAUUAUACACUACAUACCAGCAUCAUGUUUUUGUACAAAAUAAUCAAAUAUCCCUGUCAUGAUUGUUUGUAUUGAAGGUGUUCCACUUCAGAAACUUUACUGAAGUUAAUAACAAAUAAUAACUUUUAAUAAUCAUGUAUCAGUUAUGUUUGAUUAAGCCAAUCUAGAUAGAUCUAUAUGUUUUUGGGUUUAUGUUGCUGUUAUACAGAGAGCAUGCCUUGUUUUAGAGGCCUCUGUACUAUAUCCACCUUAGCUUGGCAAAUUUUUUGUAAUAAAAAAAAGUUCCAUAUUUAUACACUGUCAUGGUGAAUUUAAUGAUUGGAUAAAUCAAUUCUUGCUAAACAUAGAAUCCCAUAUGAUUGCCAAAAGGGUUAGGUUACAAUUUUUACCAACCCAACCUCUCAUGCCAAGUUACUGUUAUGUACACCACUUUAGUUACCUAUAAUGACUGUCUUGUGGUAGGUUAUGUGCUUGCCAACUCAAAAAGUCACCUAGCUUGAGAUCAUAUGGUGACUGAACAUGCCCCUUAAACACUAUUUAUAAAUUAUAUCCACUAAAGGCAUGUGUGCAAGACUUACUUAAAUCUUCAUCCUUUUUUUAUCUGCCUGACAUUAGCAUUUUUCUAGUCAGUUAUGCUGUAAAUGACUGAAAAUUAAAAUAUACUUGCCAAAAAAAAUUUUUAAAUGUUUAUUUAAUGCUUUUUAAUACUAUUUAUCUUUUUUAUAUUAUACUCUGGACCAGUAUCAAUAUGAACUUAAAUUGCAUGCACCUGGCUGUUCUGAUGGUAAAAUACAGCAUGACCUUUGCACGUGUCAGACAGUAGGCUUGAGUGUACUGUUAGUUUUCAAAUUUCCCCUUAAGUAUAGUUCAUGUCUUUUACUGGUAAUAGUUAUACUAUUUGACAAUGUAUUUUGUGGUUUAUUUUAUAUAUAUUUUUUUCUAUUCAUUUAAUGGUUGAUUGAUUUUGGAGCAGCUACCAAUCUGGCAAUGCUCAUUCUAUACUAAGUUUAUAUUGGUAUAAUGUACUCAAGUUGAUACGAAUUGAUAGUUUUUUUUAAUGUACCUUACCCCUUUAGAUUUUUAUUUAUUAUCUAAAAAUGUCACUUAAAUUAAAUAUCAGUUGACAAACAGUACUGCAGCAUGUUUGUAAAAAUGAGUUCAGCAAAAAUAAGUCCAAAAGCUUUUAAUAGUGGUGCAAAGCUAUUUGUUUAUCGUACCAACUGCAGAUUGUUUUUGUUGAGUUACAAAUUUUGUAACAAUUUAUUGGAUGAGAAUUUUAAUUUUACCUGUAAAAUAUAUAAACAAA